CAAAGGUCUUCAUCUACCCCUGUCCCCCCUCCAAGGAAAUACAAAAAAAAUGGGACUCCCAAGCAGGCCGGAGAUUUAAGUCCAUGUACAGAAAGUAAAGAAAACGUCCCAUCAAUAAUCCCUGUAAAACCCCCGAGCAGUACCAGCUCUUCAACACCACAGAAUGAUGCUCAAGCACAGAAGAGGAAACCAGUAAAACCAGCUCCCCCAAAAAGGGUAAGCUCUCUUGGUCGUAAAGCCACAGUGCCUACAAAUGCACAUUGUCUUCCUGUUGGUAAAAAGCCAAGACCUCCAGUUCCUCCAAAACCAAAGAACUAUGUUCCAAAGAAAGCUUCACUUCCUGCUGGUGAUAGCAUGAAAAGUGAUGAACAAGGCAAGGAUCAGACAACUAAAGGAAGAGCCGAUUCAGCACCUUCUAUGCCCACUUCCAGUUUGUCUGCUGAUCAUGACUCAAAAUUUUUUGUUAACUUGGAAAAGGAAAAUAACACUGUCCCUUGUGAAAGUGCUGAUGCUAAGAGGGCAUCUCAGUUUUUUGUGUCUUUGGAUCACGAUCAAACACCAAGUGCCUCUGCUACAAAGGUAGAAACAGAAUCAGGAAAGCAAAAUUCUAGUGCGACUGUUACCAGAGUUGAAGCAGAUGAUAAAGAAGUUACCUGUGUUGUGAAUGCUAGCAAUGAACGUGAAGUGUGUCAAAAUGGCGUUGCCUCUGUACAUGCCAGAUCAACUUUUUACAGUUUUCCUGCAGAAUGUAAUUCAGGAAAGGAGUCCCCAGACCCCCUUGAAGGGCUUGAAAUAGAAGCUGAUUUUAUGAGCGAUGGUGAAGGAGAAGGAGUUUCAUCUGACAAAGAGAGAAGGAGCAAAUUUGAGUCUGACUCAGUGGAGGUCAAUGGUGCAGCUGCAACAGAUGAUGCGGGUGUUGUUUUGAAAGAUCGGGGCGGCAGUGAAUUAAUACCAGCAGGUACUGAUGAAAAUGUUAAGGUCGUGUUUAGUCUUGUGCUUGAAGAGGAGUGCUCUGUAUCAAUGGUUGAUGAUGCUGAUGUCCAGCAAAAACUUUUUGAUGUCACAGCAACGGAAGGAGGUAAAGAAGCUGAAUCUGUGACUGAAUUCAGUAAUGAGGCUGAAAAUGUGAUUUAUCCUGAAAAAAGUGAAGAAGUACUCGAGGAUAGUUUAUCCACAGAGCCAUCACAUUCAGUUACUGUUCAAAGUGAAGGUUAUGUUUGUGAUGUUAAGGUUGAGAAACCCACUGAAGAUUUGCAGGCAUGUGGUCAAGACUUUGUUUCAAACAAGCAUGAAGGUACCCAAGAGGACAUUUUUGAUGGUGAAAUGCCUGUUGAUGAGACUCACAAUGACAAAUGCAAGAAUUUUGAACCAAAAUAUGAUACCCAGUCAGAUAAUUUAGAUCUACAAACAGAGGUGCUUGCAAAUGGUACACCUGAAGUUUCACUGCUGCACGCUGUGGAAGAAAAUAGGGACAUAAUCAUAGCUGAGCCUGUGAAAGAGGAGUUCUUUUCAUCAGUUAGUGACCAUACAGUUUCUAGGGGUAGUGUUGAAAUAGCGGAAGAAGGAAAUCAAUUUUUGAGCACUGAUGAAGGCGUUGUUAAAGUAAAGGAAGAAUCUCAGUGGAGUAGUUCCCUGUCUGAGAGCACAAGUAAUGUUGUACAGAAUGUUUCUGAAAAACCACUAGAAGAAGUCAGUGAAGGAAUAGAGAACAUUAGUAGUGAUGCUGGACAAUCAGGAGUUGAUUUGACUGAAAGCCCUCCUGAAAGAGGAGAGUCCAAAGAUGUUUUUAUAGAGCCAAAUAUUGAAGAAGCACCAAGGGAUGAGGUGGUUAAUGAACAACACAAUGAAAAAGAUAGCUCAGAAAAUACAGAUUCAUUUGCAGACUCAGAUGGUCUGGUGAAGCCGGAAUCAGACAAAAAGGUUCCCAUCUCUGCGGCAGAAACAUGCACUGCAAAUGAUCUUAGUAAUAAUUCUAUUGAAGGACUCGAAGAUCGUAAAAAAGAUGACGUUGUACCUCUGGAAAGAGUUGAUGUAUUAGUAGCUGAUUCACAAGAAGUCAAAGAUGACAGUAAACCAGAAUCACCGUCCUCCCCUGAGCCAAUACCUCCUGCAAGAAGGAGUCGCAAAACGCCGCAAGGAAAGCGUACUUAUGAAAAUAUCGAGAUAUUUAGUUCAUUGCAUGGAGGAAAUGCACAAACAGACAAUGAGAAAAGGGACAAUUCUCUUAGAAGGACUCAGUCUUUUAGUAAGUAUGAGACUACUGUGUUAUCUUUCCCACGCCCGGUCCAGCGUGUAUCUGACGAUGAAGCCAUUUACAGGGUACCAAGUAAGGUGGUGCCAGUUCAGAGAUACACUGAUGGUGAUUCAUGUCUGUAUAGUGUGCCUCAUACCAUUCCAACCCAUCGCAUAGACAGAGAUAAUGGUUAUGCUGUACCAAAACCUAUUGUUGUCCAAGUCAGUGCAGUGGUGGACAGACUUAAAUCAGAUGAACAGGGAGCGAUAUAUGCUGUGCCGGGUAUGCCUACACCAGUCCCUGCUGAAACAUUUCCCAACCAGUCAAUUGCAGAGGCCACAAUGACACCACAGGAUGAGCGAAACAUUUAUGUUGUUCCUGGCAGGCAGAAUGCCGAUGUGACAGUAUCAGCAAAGAUCUCAGUAGUCCCACCACCAAAACCACCGAGACUUAGUCUCUGUCUUGACCAGGAUAAGACUGAGAAAAUUCUAGGGGAGGGGGCUGGUAUAAAAGAGGUCCCCAGACCAGCCCCGAGGACACGAGCUGUUGAUGAUGCAAUGCAAGAGCUUAACAAGCAGAAAGUCUCACCCAGCCCUGUACCAAGAAGAAGUUCCAAAACAGAGGCUUCUGGAUCAUCGACACCAGAGAAUAAAGGUUCACCAAGUCCUGUUCCAAGGCAGGGUUCCAAAACGGGUUCUGGAGCUUCUACGCCUGAGAAAAAAGGAUCACCAAGUCCUUUACCGAGGAGCUCAUUGCAGAAGACAGAGACUGAAUCAGAAUCACAAGGAACUAAUUCCCCUGUCCCGGUCAGACGAAACCGUGUAAAUGCUCUUCAGACAAACAUUGAUACUUCCUCAUCCUCAGUGCUACCAUCAUCUUCGGAGGUAUCUGUGACAGAAAGCAAAGAAGAUGAUGUUCCUAAACGUAAAGUGCCCCCUCCACCUCGGCCGCCACCUCCUGAUCCGGUCAGAAUAAGUAUUGCCAUCUGUCAAGAUUCUCCUUUUGCUCCUCCUUUGACUCCUGGUCUGGAAUCUGACUCUGAUUCUGAUGUAGGUGAAGUGGAGACGCCAAAAGUGAGUAUCAUCACAGCUGUGAAUCACUGUACAUUAAGAGGGUAUCAAAAGGGAUAGCACUAUCCACUGUAUAAAUCUCUGUUGACUGGAUAAUGCAAUUUAGUAAAAUCCAACUAGUGGUCUAUUAUCAAUGAUGCAUUCUGGUUGGUUGAGCUACUUCUGGGCUAUAUGUUAUAGCCCACUAGUAGUGAAAAACACGGGCUUUUUGACUGCAAAAAGGAUUUAAGUCUAGCUUUAGUUAAGUUGUUUUGUCUCGAUAUUUUGACCAACUGGUUGGAUUUUACUAAAACAAUUAUUCCUCUCGCCCUCAUGGCCUCUGAGUCGGUAGCCCAUGCGGCCUUCGGCCUCAUGGGCUAUUGGCUCAGAGCCCAUUUGGGCUUGAGGAAUAAUUGUUAAUUAUUUUUCCCCAACUCUUACCUGCUGCAUAGUGAUUUAUCCAGUGGAUAGUGUUAUCUAGCAUUUGACCAACCCGAGUCUGGUCGAUAAAAAAGACUCCCUGUUAGUAAUAAUAAAGACAAAAAGGUACUAAAACAUCAAGAUUCGGACCAAGUAUAGUGCAUGUUAACUUGACAUUAUGACAUACUAUUCACACAGCACAAAAGAAAGAUAAUGAGCCAGAAAUGUUCUGUAACACUUUUAUGGGUAAAUGUGAAGGGUACUGUAAAUUUCCGCCUAUACAGCCCUCUCCCCCCACACUUAUAAGCUCCCCAGUUAUGAGCCCACCUACCUGUAAACAAAAAAAUACAUCCGGUCAUAAGCCCCCUCGGAUAUACGUCCCUUGCUCCCAUAUUAUGACCCACCCCCCCAGUACGCCCCUCAACACUUCCAGUCAUCAGCCCCCUCGGAUAUGCUUCUCUCCGUCUUUACACCCUCCCCCCCCUCACUUCUAAACUCCCCCGUUAUCGGGCUAUCCUCCCUUUAAACCAAAAAAUACAUCCUGCCAUAAGCCCCCUCGGAUAUACGCCCCUCCGUUUAUAAGCCCCCCUCCCUUAUAAAUCCCCUAGUUAUGGGCCCAUCUUUCCUUUAAACAAAAAAAUACAUCCGAUUUUUAGCCCCCAGGGAUAUAAGCCCCUCCUUUUAGAAGCCCCUCCCCCCUUUUAUAAGCUCCCCAGUUCUUCCCUUUAAGCAGAAAAUACAUCUGGCUAUAAGCCCCCCUGUAGUUUGUGUUAAAAUGAAUCCGAUUUUUUACGAUGUUUUGAAGCUAAAAAAAGCGGGUAAAUUCAAAAGGUACUUUGAUCAGCACUGCAAAAUAGACUGUUUUGAAACACAUUUUUAGUUCGGUUAUACAGUCAUGUAGGCUCCCCAGAUAUGAACCCCCCUCCCUCCUCCCCUUGUUUAUAACCCCUUACGAAGUUGUAUAAGCCGGGGGCUCAUAAUCUGAAGUUGACGGCAUGUUCAAAUCCAAUCUACAUAAUGACCAUAUUGUGCAGUACGUUUUAUUUAUUGCUUUCUUAUGUAACAUUUUUUGUUGUUAUAUCUUACCUAUUUUUGUAGGGACCUUCCAAACCUAAGACACAUCACAUUGCACAUGAAAUUCUUUCCACCGAGCGAACUUUUGUUGAUGCUUUGAAACUUGUGUUUGAGGUAUGUGUUCGGGACUUUCAAUAAAAAAUUGAAGUAGCCAGCAGGCGUUGUGAUGUAACUGUAAAUUGUGUUCAGUAAGGUGUAAGAAAUAAUGCAGCGUUACUCGUUGACUAAACUUCAUAAUUAUUAUUUCUUUUUAGGAAUGUUAUGGUACCAUCAAGACCGCUAAUGUGGUGGCGGAAACCGUGCUUAGCGACAUCUUCAGGGAUUUAGAGAACAUUUAUCUGCUUGAUUCAAGAUUCCUUCAGGAACUGGAAGAAAGAAUGGCAACAUGGUAAUGAAAAAAAAAGAGAAGAAAAUCGUAGAUUAUUUUAAAAAUCAAGGGCAGUUGCGACUUUAUUAAUUUUCCGCUUUUUUUCUUAAUAGGGAGGAACAUGAGAGAAUUGGGGAUAUUAUCAAGAAAUACGGACACUUCUUGAAGGUAUAUAAUUACAGAAUUUUUUUUUCUUUUUACCUAGUUUUCCCUCUGUCUGGGUUUUUUCAUUUAACCUUGAGUUCACUCAAGGAGCGUUACACUGAGCUGUUUUUUUCUCUUUGUUGCUGUUGUUUUUGUUCGGUACUUUUUGCUCUGACAUGGAGUAAAACUUCACCCAAAAGGUUGAUGUAGUGGUCUUUUACAACGUAGGAAAGGCAUUAAAAAAUAAUGUUAUUUCUGUAUUGAUCAGUGCAAAUCGUUGAAACAACGAAGGAUGUCUGAUUAACAACUUUGUUCAGUGUUGGUUUGAAAAUGUUCAGAUGAUAACAGCUUAUGGAAAUAACAGCUUUUAAAAUGUUCUUGUAGAAAAAAAUAGAAAACAAACAAACAACCAAAAAUGGAAACCGUCAUUUAACGGUAUUGAUGAGUAACUUGUUUGUUGAUUUCCAGUACCAGUAGAAUUUGAAGGCUAACGCAACAUUUGUAUACAAAAAAAAGAAAGAAAAACAAAACUGUAAAAAUUAUUGUUCUUUCAGAUGUACACCCAGUAUGUGAAUGGUUAUGAUAAAGCCAUGAGUGUGUUUCAAGAAACAAUGAAGGAAAAUCCUGAGUUUGCCAAGUUAGUCACACAGUUUCAGGUAUGAUAGAUAUGAUAGGCUUUUUUGUGAUCACUUACAGUAGAACAAUAUAGUAUAUUAUCGAACUCCUUGAUAACAGAUCUUUUUUCAACUUAUCGAUAGUGAAUAUCCAUCUAUUCUGCUGGAAAAAGCGCCUUACAUCAAGCAAACUUAGCAAGUUGAAAUUGGUGCCAAAAAAGAGCAAAAAUAUAGGCUACAAAAACGCAGAAGUUUACAAACGCUUGUAAGCGCCUUAGAUGUACAUGUAUACUCAUCUGAUACAGAAUUUAACGAAGAGAAGCACUUUAAGCACUUUUGUAAAUGUGUACUUAAUAUAGUUCUAUCUUUUCAGUCUGAAGACGAAAUCCUGAAGUUUUUUCCGUUCAGAUUAAAGCGUCUGAGCAUUACUUUUCUAUGGUGCUGUUUCUUAUUCUGCACAAAAUCAUUCUAUUUUUUGAGUCUGUGUUUGAAAUUUUAAAGUGCGAUCGUGUUUAAGUGAACCUAUAUCCCAGUUGUUUAUCAAAUAAAAGAUUAACCUAAGCUUAUGGCUUUCAGCCAUAUUUUCGACUGAACUUUGUACAACUCAAUUUGAACUCCGUACAUUCCAAAACAAGAGAUUUGAUAAACUUCGAUUUAAAGCACAAUUGAAGUUGUUCUUUAACUUUAGAACAGUGAAAGAUGUCAUGGAUUAAUUCUGUCCUCGUACAUGCUGAAACCUGUCCAGCGGAUUCCAAGCUACAGACUUCUUCUAAUAGGUGAGUUAGACUUUCGUGGUUUUGUAGCCUUGACAGGGUUGACGGGGAGGUAGUUUCUUUCUCCCAAACUUCUCGCGGUUCUUCCGCCAAAAAUCAAGAGCACUCCGCCGCUAAUACCGUCAGCUACGCAGGCUAGUUGUUAUGGUAAAAUUUAAUUGCGAAAAACUCGUUGUUAUUUGACCAUAAGCCAAGCGUGAAUUUCUUAAUAUUCCAGACACUUCGAGGUAAAAUUAGACGCAGAAACGGGUAUUUUAGUUUGGUUUAGCCGAGAUUUUUGUGCCGAAGAAUCUCUUCGUUUGCGGUGGGGUAAUGUCAAAUGAGAAUGGAUUUGCCUACAAGCCAAGAAAAAUACGUCAGUAAGUCACGUUUCUUAGAUUUCAAAGCUCUUGCUGCUCAUAUUCGACUAUUCUAUCUAUCGUUUGUUAUCCUUUUAUCUCUUUGACUAUAAGCACAAAGCAAGUCAUACUUUUGAGGAGGGACUUAAUUCUCUUUUAGGAAUAGUUUCACUGGUGAUAAUAUCGCUGUAGGUCUUUUCAGGUCCAGUAUUUGUAUUUGUGAUUUAAUUAUUCCCUUUGUUAUGAUUAUUGUUAUUUUUCAGACUACCUUAAGCACUUACCGAAGGAUUCAGAGGAAUUUAAGGACACAGAAAGUAAGCUUGUGAUACCUCCUGCCUUGCUUGUUAAUUCACCCCUUUUUUCUCAAAUGGCCUUGCUUAAAUCUGUUAGAGGCAGCCCUAGAUGAGGCAAAAUCGAAGUGCCUCUGCUCGCUUGGUAGUUCGCCAAUGGCAACUGCCACUGUUGCCCUUACAUGCUGACUUGGGAAUUCACCUCCCAUGUAGUCAACAUUUUUGAAACCCAAGUGCAUCACUAUAGCCACGUAGAGGAGCACCCUUCGCCGAAGCCCUUAUCUGCUAUCUCUUAGUCAAGUGUCAGCGUCCGUUAGAAUGUUCUUUUAUUUUUUUUGCCGCGAAAUUAGCUUUGUUUUUCACUACUGGAAUCGUCUCCUUCCCUGUCCUGAUUGGCUGAAAAGUUUUUGGUCGCAAAUGAUUAAUCUAUAAAUAACCUGAAAAUCUCACACGUUGUGUCGAAGGAUAAAUAGAAUAAACGAAUACUUUAAUUAUCGUCUCCCCUUAUGGGGCUUUUCAGGGAUAACAAAACAAAUAAAUAAAUUCAAGUGGAAUGUAACAAGGCUAAGAAUACCAACUGGUAGGAGUUGUAUCUGUUGACAAUUUCACAAGCGUGGCCGAAGAUUUGAACUUGGAACUACCGAGAACAAGCGGUCAGGAUAGGACUUGAACUCCGGGCCUCCGGAUUACAAGUCCAGCGCAGUAACCACUCAGCCAAGCUGUCUCCUUGGCGCUAUGUUUUAGACAGACAUAGACAGAGGUUCCAUAGAGAUGAGAACUUGUCACCUGUAUCACUGAAGUCAAACAGAAAUCCCCUAUUUAUUGUCAUUAGUUUUCACUAGCGACUGGGUCGGAGUCAUAAGAGCGCUUAUGGCUCAAUCGGAGUCGUUGUAAGCGGAGCCAUAAGCUCGACGGAAUCGGAGUCACAAGAAUUAGAAUGUUCCAAUUUCUUCCGACUCUUCGUAUGAUUCCGUUACUUAUGAUAUAGCUAAAACCAAAUUGUCGGAGUUUGAAGCAGAAGCGGAAGAAUAAACCAGUGAAAAUGCAAAUUCUCAGGGGCCGUGUAACUGAUUUAGUAUUUUUUCGCUUGGAAUUACUUUUGGUACGCGUAGUUUUCACCAAAUUCACUUUCAGGCUGGUUAUCAUAAGGAAAGUGGGACUCUGUUUCCAAUAGAUCAUAACGCCCUGUGCUACUGAUUAACACCUCGUCUCUAGUGAAAUCCUGCCUAAUAGUAGACUGCAAACUGUAGACAGUUAGUAUUGUUGCGUACUCAAGUACGCGCGAGCAGUCAAACAAAAGGUCUGGAACGAGGCUGAAAACAGAGAGCGAGACUGGUGAGAGACGCGCGCAAGACUCUUACCCCGCGCUUUACCGAUUUCUUUACUGAUUUUGAGAAAAAAACCGACUGUUUUGCAGUCUAGCCUAAUAGGGGCACAUGGAAGUGAUUUUGUUUAGAUAUAUUUCUGAGCUUCCUCUGUAUUGUUCACGUUUAACAGCUACACUGAAGAUUGUUUCGGAAGUUGCAACACACAUAAAUGAGUCCAUGAAGAAAAUGGUAUGUACUUGCCCUAUAACGAGUCCGAAAACAAAUGUGGUUGAAAAAUAGCAGGUGGUAGCGCCAUAAGUGUCAGUCUGCUUUACAAAAGUGUCUCUACCAUCCUCUAUAAUACCAGGGAGGCUAGGUUAUGUUCACUCUUGGUUCAGUAGUGCCAGGGUACCAGCACAAAAUGGUGUGGUGUUCACACCUUGAGUGCCCGAUAUGAAACUGUGUAUAGUUACUCCAUUACGCCUUGUCAGACGCCAUUUUAAAACUUAUGCGUGGUAGGAGGUUAUGGAUAUUCAAAGCUCUGGAUGGCCUCGGAACUUACAGAUAACCGACGUACCCAGGGACCCGGUGACCACUUUUGUGCCCUAAUUCCGGCGUGGGAACUUGAAAAAACGGGUGUGUUCACAUUAGAGACCAUCGGAGACAAGCUUUCUUUGUUUUUUGUCUUUGAUGAUCAAUCAGUCGUAAUGCCCAUACUUUCAUUUUCCAUUUUCUUCCUUUUUUAAUAGGAUAGUUUUGAGCAGCUGUUAAAACUGCAAAGUAUGCUUGUAGGAAAUCCAGAGAUAGUGAAAGCUGGACGGGUAGGUUUGAUUUGGACAACGUAAUUUGUGUUAUUAGAGACCUUAAGAUUCGUGAACGAGAACGACUACGAGUACGAGAUUUGACGGAAAGUCAGAAAAUAGACACCCCUGAAAACUUCAUUGUAAAUGUGAUUCACCAGAAAAGUUAGCACUGUAAGUUUAUUGGAGGUUAAGCCCUCUCCCGGUCGCAAAAUGAUAAAACUUCUAACAUAUGAUCACUUGUUUCCGCCACUACGACAUUCUGGCUGAGACUCGUACCCAUUCGUCUCUGAUGAAAUCUGGGAAAUGCGCGCAAGGCUUCCCGUUUUUCUUUCUUCCUUCCCUUAUUGCAACGCGAACUCGCUUAAACCUUCCCACCAAUCAUCGCGCAAACAAGAGAAGUGGCUGGGUACUAGUCUGAUUCUGGCUAAAACCUGUAGUAGAAUGACGACGUGAACUACUUGUAAAAUAAGACAUCACGUCUUUACCACAUUCGACGCACGUAUACGGAAUGUAAAACGUAAAAAUAAAAGUGUUCUAGAAGUUUUAAAAUCCUCGAUAUAUAUUUCGCUCUUCGAGCCUCGUCAGGCAAUAAAAUUUCAUGUUCAAGUUAUUCGAACACAUUCCUAGUCUCGGCAUUUACAAUUUCUCAAGAAUGACGACGGCUAUGACGUUUUCCCGCCAAAAUGACGCUGGUUCACGCGUGCGCACUACUUAGUGUUGAGAAAAUCGUGUCCGCGUAGUCAUCCUUGUCUUAGAAUCUUAAGGUCUCUAAUAUAAUACAGGCAGCCUAAGCUCAGAGUAUGAGGAUAUUUAACAAUUAUUCCUCGAGCCCGAAUGAGCUGAGUCAAUAGCCUAUGAGGCCGAAGGCUGAACGAGCUAUUGACUGAGAGGCCAUGAGGGCGAGAGGAAUAAUUGUUUUAGUAAAAUCCAACUAGUUGGUAAAAAAUAUCGAGACAAAACAACUUUAGCUAGUUAAAGCAAGACUUCAAUCCUUUUUUACCGCUAAAAAACCGGCGCUUUUUGCUACUAGUGGGCUAUGACAUAUAGCCCAGUAGUAGCUCAACCUAUCAGAACGCAGUAUUAAUAACAGACCACGAGCUGGAUUUUACUAAAUAGAAUUAGCCUGUGGUGCAUGAACCCACUUCAGUACAGGACCAGAAAACCACAUAAGAGACAAAGAAACAUAAAACUAAGACGAGGCCAGUACGCUAUUUUCAUGCAGUGCUCUUUCACAUUUUUUAAUGUAAAUAACCACAAUACUUGGAAUUCCCCUAGAAAUGUUUUAUUUCAAAUUUUGCAUAAUCGUUACACAGAACAGACACAUUUUACGACCAUUGCUGGUUACGUUUGUAAUAUUUGCUUAUGGCACACGACGAUCGCCGUACCUUGUAAAUCGGCCUUCUUGCAUGUUUUAGUACUACCGAUUCGAUUCGACAGUAAUACAGCUCACCAGUAUUUGCUAUUUCAACAGGAUUAUCUUAAAGAAGGAAUGUUGAUGAAGUUAUGCCGGAAAGACAUGCAGGAGAGAAUGUUCUUUCUGGUUUGUAUACUACCUUUUUUUUCUAAUACAUUAACUGGGCUCCGAACGUAGGGUCUUUUUAAUGUGGAAUAAUUUUGCUGCAAGAUUUUUUAAGGCAGAGGGGCUAAUACUUGCAACGUCGAGUGAUUACCAUAACCAAAAAUAAUCUCUCUCUCUCUGUCCAAACACAAUGAACCAAUGAAAACUCAAAACAAGUAGUUGUAGUCGGCAGUCUACGGGAAGCGCGGGAAAGUGACGUGAGCAAGUAGUCACGAAGGAUUUUGAUUUAAUUCUCAUUGGUUAAGAAAGUGAGAUGCGGUUUUUUGGCUAAUCACGAGGCUUUUAGCGAAUAACGAAGUAAAAAACCGCGAUGUCGUAUCUAAUAGGUUUGUCGAGGCAGACCAAUGUAUGUGAGACCAAGCUAAAACUGACAUACAUAUACAACCCUAAUAUUGCUUCGAGCUUGUUCUAUGCUCUUGAAAUCCCUGUUAUAAUUUCACGACUCUUGCUUAUAUUGCCCUCACAACUGUGAUGGGUGUUUCAAACUUGAAAUUCACCAUGAUUUCUUUCAUAUUCAUCAUUAAUUUUUUAUUAUGAUUUUUAGCUAACAGAUGUGUUGUUAUACACUACACCGAUGGGAGCAAAUCAGUAUAAACUCAACAAAAUGCUUCCCCUUCUAGGAAUGCAGGUACGUGUCUAGUAACAAAAUCACCAGAAUCAAUCCUGACAUGUGUCGCUCCUUGUGAGGUGAUCCGAGACAAUCUUGGAUUCAGGAUUCCACGCUUUGGAUUCCUUGUCACUGGACUUUGGAUUCCUUGUCAGCGGAACUUGGAUUGCGGACUCCUCGUCAGUGGAACUUGGAUUCCGGAUUCCAAUCGUUAGUUGGAUUUCGGAUUCCUUGAACUGAUUUCCGAAUUCCAAAGACCAGGAUUCCGAAUUUCACAAGCGCAAAAUUCCCAGAUUCCGUUAUCUGGAUUACCUUUCAUGGGACGACGACGACAAGUGAUUGCCAACAUAGUUAGAAGAGGAGACUGGUUUAACCGAAGAUCAGGCUAUAUUUCCGUUUCGCUUCAUUAAUAAAUUCUGGCGGGAAAGCCAGUUUUAGCGCGACCACGUAAGAGAGAAUGUAUGGAAGCUGCUAAAAUUGGGCCUGAUCUCACGUUAAAACUGGUUAUGAAAGCUGGCAAACAUCAAAGUUGCAAACAAUGGUGCUUAAGUUUAUGUCGGAAGCUCCCUGACCCUGCACAAUCCUUUGUUUUUUGUUCAUAAAUUGUGACUGAAUAAAUUAAUGCCAUGUUUCUAUUGAUCAGUAAGCUCAAAAUGAUAGGAAUGCUAUUGAACGUUGUGCACGUUCGGGUCCAAAAAAGCCAACAAAAACAUAUAACAAAUGAGUCUAACGGAUUUUAUAAGCAUUCCACUUUAAUACCUGUGUUGCCAAGAAAGAGGAACUGGAAUUUAUGAAAAGACAGAGAGUCCAGUUACGUGAGAAAUUUCAUAACAAUACAAAGUAUUCAAAUUAGACAAAGAAAACUGAACUUGCCAGAAAGCUAAACCAAAGAUUACAGAAAAAUUCUAGAAUCUUUAAAGUCAAAAGCAAAAAGGUUGGUUUUCGUUUAACUCAGAGGUUUGAUGUUUGACCUUAAUGUUUCAUUCUGUUAGGUGACUGUUCCAGAUUCUCCUGAUUUUGUCAAUGAAUUCAGCAUUAUUAGUACUACAAGGUCGUUCACUCUCACUGCGAGGUGAGUCCAAAAUCCAACAUCUUCUUUAAAUGUCUGUAUUUUUAAACGUUAACACCAUGACAGUGGGAAGAGCUUGGCUAGUCCUUUAUACUCAUAAUUCAGGUCUUAGGGUAUUGCUGUUUUUCCAUAAACGGGAUACAAUACCGGAUGGAUGUUUGCGUUGGUAUAAGAGUCUUUUUCCCGAGGUAUGUAACAGAAACGUGUGGUUUUUUUUGUUUACAGCACUCCAGAGGAACGGGAUGAGUGGGUGGAGGUAAGCAUCCUUUUUAGGUUUUUCUCCGCUUUCGUUAAGGGACAAAAUUUAGUUUGUUGAUAAACAAGUAGUACCAUGUGAAAGUAACGCCGAACAGGUUUUAUUUGAGGAUUUCUUCUACAUACCUUAGAGUUAGAACCACUUUGUACAGCAAAAUGAGCAGUACCACAGCAAAAUACUGCUCUGUAGUUUUCAUUUUAUUGGACUCAGAGACUCAGAGCAAAAUAACUACUAUAUGAAAGAACUGCUGAAGAGGUUUCAUUUGAAUGGUAACACCAUAGCAUUUUAUUCAUAGAGUCAAAAGUUAGAACUACAUCGGGAUACUAGAUGUAUCGUACCAUGUGAAAGUACUGCUGAAGAGGUUUCAUUUGAAUGGUAACACCAUAGGAUUUUAUCCACAGACUCGAAAGUUAGAACUACAUUUUAAAUGUAUAGAAUCAUGUGAAAGUGCUGCUGAAGAGGUUUCAUUUGAAUGGUAACACCAUAGGAUUCCGUUCACAUCCCGAAAAGCUAGGAUAAGUCAAUGUGUUCGGAAGGAAUGCUAAGCUUAAAAGAACUUUUCACUGCCUCACUAGACGGAUAUAUUUUCUCGCCUAUCUCGUCUUGGGCCGUCAGUUUCAAACGUGGUCUAUUUCUUAUCUUGUACGUUUCGCUCAGAAAAAAAAACCGACUAAGUAAUAAGACAGACCACUCGUCGUUUUUGACGAUUCUUCGCUUUUUAUUGUUGUUGUUUUUUUUAUAAUUUUGCUAAUAUUCCAUAAACUUUGCAGGCUUUGAAUAACGCAAUAGAUGUUGUCACAAAAAGGAAAAUAACUUUUGUUGCCAAGACAAGAGACGCAGCCGGACUGGUAAGCAUUUAUGAUUUUAGGAAUUAUUAAUUGUUUUUGGGUUUCGAUGUACCUUACUGGUUCUAAAUUUCGUCUUUUUCGCGAUUGUAAAAGAAUAGCGAAAUUAGAGACCCGCGCAUUUAAAUCCACGCGAAAGUUAAACACGCGAAAUUUAGUAGCCGUGUAAAAAAUUUACUGAAAAAAAAUGACAUGUAAUAAUAAAAAACAUAUGCAGUAUAUGUAUUGAUAAAUACACAAAUUAUUAACUGGUAUAGUGAUUAAGUUCCACUUAUACUGUUAUACUGUGCAUUCCUUGUCUAUACAUUCAUUUUGUUGCUUUGUUUUCGUCUCCCGCUUAGCUGGCGGAACAAGAUGGAGAAGGUACCAAGCUCGGUGAGAAGGCUCCUGUGUGGAUCCCUGAUGCUCGUGUAACGAUGUGCAUGAGUUGCACAUCACCGUUUACUCUCACCAAUAGAAGACACCACUGCAGAGCCUGUGGUAAUGUAAGUAAUACAGAUUCUAAGUUAGACUGUAAAACAUUCGUUUUGUUUUUUUGAGGUUGUUGUUUCUUUUCCCGUCAGAUCGGUUAUACAAGGCGCUAAGCCUCGCUAGCGUGCGUCAUGGACGCAGGCUAACCUCGGUUAGUAACGUCUGCGAAGCACCGACGCUAUCCUUGUUCUUGGUACCCAACGGACUCAUUGAAUUACUAAAAGGGCUUUUCGAAUUUUCGUUCAAUCUGAUAAGCCAACUGAACAGUGGCUUUUUUAAGAGGAGAACCAUGGCGCGCACUCAAAACCUGAUACACAGGUGGGAACUCAGAGCAAGGAUUUCGGCGCUGGUUCGCAGACGGACUUAACCGGAAGUUUAGUUUCGUCAGUGUCCACGCAUCUCUGUCACGUGCUAUCCACAGUCUUGUCAAAAUUAUUAAAACCUGUGUACAGCCGCCCCGCCCCCACCCCCUUCUCGCCUCAGAUUUGUUUGAGGGGAGGGGGCGGCUAUUUAUUUCUUAUUAAGAGAAGGGUAUCUGUUUCAGGUUGUGUGUGGAUCGUGUUCAGAGAGUACUGCACCAUUAGCAUACCUUAACUACACCGAGGCAAGAGUCUGCGACAAAUGUUAUGAUCUGCUUUUAAAAGGUGGGUUACCAUUCUUUGGCGUGAGAAAUUACAUUUUCGAUGAAAUUAGAAAUCUUCUUUGUCUAAGUUUAAAUAAUCAUUAUAAAUACACCAUCGAAGCGAACCCUCGCCGAAUUUUGUCCUCGUUAACUCUUCAAUGUUAUGGACGCAACUAACAAUGGUUCCAACUCUGAUAUUUUUAAGACAUGGAUUAAAAGAAAGGGAAAUUGUGUCAACGUAUCGUCACCGUGUGUCACGUGUCAGUAGUUCCUGUUACAAACUUCUUGUAUCCACGUCCUCCGCAAAGAAGGAAUUUUGAGCAAAGCCUUUAAUGGUGACUGAUACCUCGACGUCCGUCACGCGGAUGUGAAACCGUCGGUCGAAGGCGUUGUCCAAAGGGUUUUGUCUUCCGCUGUCGCAGUCAUGGUCGUUGUAGCUGCUUAAGCCCCCAGUUAUUCGGUUAAAUUGCACGACGUAAACUGGCUGUGUGACGGCUGUUUGGUUCAUUUUGUUAAACGUACGCAUCUUUUUUCGCUGUGAAAAUUAAGAAAUACCUUGUUAGUGACUAAAGCACCGCUUUGUGUUAAGUAAAUGUCUCCCAAGCAUUUUAUUAAACGUUACAAGCAACAAGAAGGAACUUUGAGAAACUGGUAGGCUAACACGUUUCAAAAAACCACAACUGCAAUCCGCUUCAAUCUUCUUCAAGAUUGUCCUUCAGUGCCUCCUCUUGAUUUGCUGUGUUAAUUAUAACUUCUUUUCAUGUUAUAAUCUGUUAUUUUUAUGUGUCACUGAAUUUGCUGGCGGUUCCCGCUAUUAAUUGGAAAGCAAAAUAACGAAAGCGUCUCUCCUUUGCUUAGUUUCAUCAUCCCGUGCUCCUCUUUCUACUUGCAAGGAGAGCCGAGGUGACUGGGGCCGAGUCAUGGUUAUACUUUAUGUAUGAUGCGUUAUUCUUUCCCCACUGUAGAGUUCCACACUCAUGAGAUACAUGCAGAUGAAAAGGAAGAAACAACAGCAACGCUACCUCCAUUACUUCAAGAAACAGAAGCAGCAGACAAGCUUUUACGAAAGCCCACGAAGUUUGAGAUGAUGCGGCGAUUUAAGAGCAGAAGAACGAAAAGGAAAUCGCAGAUAAUACACCCAACUCACUUAACAGAGGUAACCAUGUUGGCUUGAUUGUAACAGGUAGUGGAAUAUAAUGCGCAUUACGCCCCGUGUAAACGGACGCAACAUUCUUUGGCCAACAACUCCUAACAUUGUUGGCCAGCAAUGUUGCGCCGUUUGCACGUAGCUAAAAGUUUUACCGGUUUCAAACAUUGUGUAACAACUCUCAACAACACGCGACAACAGGCAACAGGGUGUGCAAACGGACGCAACCUUUACUAUCCAACAAUUUUGGGAGUAGUUGGCCAAUAAUAUUACGUCCGUUUGCAGGGGGGGGGUUGGGGGGCUUUACGCGAGCGGUGAGCGGUGAAGACGCGACAAACGAGACCCUCAGUCGUCAUUGUCAAAGUCUUACCGAAAUGAAUUGCUUUUGUAUAGCGUUGAAGUUAGCCUUCUCUCUCCGGAAGUCAAUACAUUGUAUGAAGACGUGUCUUGCAAAGCUAAGUUUUGAGUCUGCUUAUGAAAAGAUAUGGCGUGACGAUUCAAAAGAACCCUCUUUGCCAGAUCUUCUGCGUGUCACCACUUGCUAUGAAGGUUUUUUUUUUGAAACUAUGAAAUUUGCCGGAGUUCAACCUAGACCGGGAUUUUUUGCUCUGACCAAAGGUCACUUUUGUAUCUUCAGGUUGCAGCUAAUCAGGAAGGCAUUGAAAUGAGUGGAUAUUUAAGGUUCAAGAAAGGAAGACAUGGUUGGAAAAAGUCCUGGUUUGUUCUUAAAGACAAUGUACUGUACUCAUACAAGGCCAGCUCGGUAGGUAAUAUGGUUUAUAACUACAAUUUCUCCUCUCAUCCUCACUCCUGGCUCCUCGCCGCCGAAGACGCUUCGCGGGAGACCUUCUCCUUCACAUCCCGUGGGGUAACUAAGGAGUGAGAAGGGACGGCUGCGUUAUAUGACAUAUUUUGAGAAAUAUAUUUCUGUGGUGAAAGAACGAAAGACGGUAAAUUUUAAGCUCGGUGAACAAAUGUAAAGAUGAAAUAAUCAGCAUGUCACGAGCGUUGGACAAAGAAAAAAUCUGAGACCCCGACAGGAUUCGAACCUAUAACCUCCCAAACACCGGGCGGGCGCUCUAUUCACUGAGCUACGGAGAACUCAUAGAGAGCGAGGCCAUAUACUAGGUCCAUAUUUGACACUAUUUUUUAUUUAUACUUAGUUAUAUUUUACAUUUUUUAAGUUAUACUUAAGUUCUUGUAGAAUCCUCAAAGCUAUUUGGUCAUUCAGCUUUAGACGAUUUUAGCACUCGUUUACUUGUCGUGGAAUAGACUUUCUGGCCGCAGAAAUAGAGAGUUACCUUUUAAGUUUGCUGUAGAAAAACAGAAGCGUAAUGAGAGGAAGGUCGAAGGUACCCUGACCUCAUCAAAGGCCACGUAACUUAGCUGUUUUAUUAUCUAACUAUUGUAGGACGUGGUGGCACUCGAAACCUUGCCAGUACUUGGGUAUCAAAUCGAGGAUCUUGGAAAGGUAUGUUUUUUUUUUCCCGAGAACUUUGCAACUUUUGAAUACUAUCAUAGCGCAGCACCAUGGGUUAGAAAAUUCGGUUAUUUAUGCAUCCAAGAAAUUCUGUUUCUGACAAAAUCGUCCGUACGUACGCACGUCCGCCCCUUCAUGUUGGCGGAUGUUCGACAUGCAUGUCAUUAUAUUGACAGCUGUCAAAAUAAGGUUGAUAAAGUUGUCUUGUAGUUUCUGGUAUUCAAGUGUUCGUAGGCUCAGAAAACUUUACUUCUUAAAGAUAUUACUAAAAGUUCCUAUGAGAGCUUCGCUUUUGGCGUUUGGCGUCUAAAUAUUAUUAUAAGAUGCUCAACCUACCCUACGCUUAUUACGAGGUUAAUAAGUUACGUAUUAUAUGGCCUUUUCAUCAUGGACCUGAACCUGCGAUCAAUUAAAACCAACAACUGGUCGGUGGAUAACUUAAAAAAAAAACAUGCCACCUCAAUGAGUUGUACACUUGAGCCUGCGAUACAGCCGGAUGGCAUUGGUCAGCGGAUACCCUUUUUGACAACUGUCAAUUGACCAUAAAAUGGAUGUCCAUCAGGUUGUCCACUACCUUGGACACUUAGCCAGAAAUACCCGGUCAUUACUAGAAAACAGCCAAUCACAGCCUGCGUACUAUUGUAGCCAUACAAUUAAGUGGCAUAUCGGGAAUUUCUUAAGGGUUAGGGAUAAAAACAGACGUUGAAGGACAGCUUGCUUCUCCUCUUCCCCCUUUCGGUCUUCCUCACCCCCUUCCACCCUAAAGAAGCCGGAUGCUCGGGCUGCACUACAGUUUAUUUGAAGGAAAUGAUAGCGGGCAAUUUUCACGAUAUUUCUUCAUAGGAAGGGGAUGACUUUGUGUUCCACUUAAAACAUAAAGGUGUACCACCGAUUGUAUUCAAAGCAGACAACGAAACUUCAGCAAAAAGGUAA